AUGGCUGGUCACUGUACUUUCUUGCCUGAUUUCUUCCAUCACCAGUUUGGGGAAACCACUUUCUUGUCACCUGGUGCUGACGACGUCGUCUUCAGUGUCCUCGAAGCUGAUCAUGAUCAUCUGGAGGGAAUUUCCGGUGGUGUGAAUCCGGUGGUGUCUCGUAAGCUGGAUCUUUCAUCGCCUAAAAGGAAGAGACAGAAGCUGUCUGUGGUGGAGGCUGACGGUGGUCCCAACUCAGAUGGCCGGCAGAAGGUGUCGCAUAUGACGGUGGAGAGGAACCGGAGGAAGCAGAUGAACGACCACUUGAGUGUUCUCCGUUCACUUAUGCCUCGCUUCUAUGUCAAAAGGGGAGAUCAAGCAUCAAUAAUUGGAGGAGUAGUUGAUUACAUCACUGAAUUGCAACAAAUUCUACAAACCCUGGAGGCAAAGAAGCAAAGAAAAGUUUACAGCGAAGUACUGAGCCCUAGGCUUGUUUCAAGCCCCAUGACCUUAUCUGCCUGCCCCCUUAGCCCUAGACCAAGCUUGCCCAUUAGCCCCAGAACCCCACAACCAGCAACCCCAUACAGGUCAUGUCUGCCAACUUCUAAUUCUUACCUAUCUCCAUCCAUAUCAACUUCACUUGACCAUUCAUCACCUGCUAAUUCUUUCAUAACUAAUUCAGAAGGUGGUAAUGACCUCAUGGCUAAUUUAAAGUCGGCCAUUGUUGAAGUUGAGGUGAAGUUGGUGGGCGGUAAUCUCCUUCUAAAGACUUGCUCCAAGAGGAUACCAGGCCAAGCAACAAAAGUAAUAAGGGUUCUUGAAAACCUGUCUCUUGAAGUUCUUCAGGCCAACAUUAGUAUUGUUGAUGAAGCCAUGGUUAACUCCUUUACCACCAAGAUUGGAGUUGAAUGCCAGCUAAGUGCAGAGGAACUUGCUCAACACAUUCAAAGUUCAUUCUGCUAA